ACAAUAAUAAACGCACGGACCGAGUCCUCCCUUCUUCUUUUAGCCAGGUUAUUCCGGAUCGCCUUCUUCAUCAUCAUCAUCAUCAUCUCAGGUGUUUGAAACAGAUUGUGAUUUGGGGGGAAGAUGAGCGAAGUAUUCGAAGGAUACGAGCGUCAGUACUGCGAGCUCUCGGCGAAUCUGUCGAGGAAGUGUACGGCAGCUGGUGCUCUUGAUGGAGAGCAAAAGAAGCAAAAACUUUCUGAAAUAAAAGCUGGCUUAGAUGAUGCAGAGUCUUUGAUUCGGAAAAUGGACCUUGAGGCGAGAAGUUUACAGCCAAAUGCUAAGGCUGUACUUCUUGCUAAGUUAAGGGAAUAUAAAUCAGAUCUCAAUAACCUUAAAAGUGAAGUCAAAAGAAUUGCAUCUGGCAACUUAAAUCCGUCUGCUCGCGAUCAGUUGUUAGAAUCUGGAAUGGCUGACACACUCACAGCAUCUGCUGAUCAAAGAUCAAGGCUGAUGAUGUCUACUGAAAGGUUGAAUCAGUCAAGUGACAGAAUCAAGGAUAGCAGGAGAACAAUGCUGGAAACAGAAGAGCUUGGUGUUUCAAUUCUUCAAGACUUGCAUUCACAGCGACAGUCUCUCUUACAUGCCCAUGGCACACUACAUGGAGUAGAUGAUAACGUUGGCAAGAGUAAGAAAGUUUUGACCGCCAUGUCAAGGAGAAUGAACAGAAACAAGUGGAUUAUUGGCAUCGUUGUUGCAGUCCUUGUGCUUGCAAUCAUCUUGGUCUUGUACUUCAAACUUUCUAAAUAGACAUUGGAUACAUCCUCAACUCUUUGGGUUUGUGGGUUUGUUUUGAGAUACAUAUUUCUAUGUCUAUGGAGUGAGUUUGUCAUGAAUGCUAAUCAAACAUGCUUCUCUCUUUCUUUCUUUUUUCUUUCUUUCUUUCUUUUUUUUUUCUUUCUUUUUCUUAUUUAUGGACAUGGGAUUUUAUGUCUUGAUCCUAUAUUAUGGAGUUAUUUUUAAGAAACGUCAUAUAUUUGU